AUCUCAGGCUAUUCUCAAGGUGGUCUUGUGAAGAAGGGGGGGGAAUCAGCCCCCGCUAUGGCUCAAAGCGAGGAUGCAGACCGGCCAGUAUUCAAGCGUCCCGAACCGGUUAAUAAGAACGACAAACCAAAGCCGACUGGUUCUCUCUUAGGACUCGAUAAAUUGGCACAGGUGAAGCGUAAAGAGAAAGAAGCAUUAGAAUGGAACACAAAGCGCUCUCGCACUACUAUUGCUGAUCUCGAUGACGACGAGGAGGACGAAUUGAAGCUAGAGACCCAGGCCACAACCAAAAAUGAUGAUUCCUCUUUUAAAGCGCCGAUGGACAUGCCAGCGAAACGUAGCGGGGAUGCAGAAGAUCGCACAGACAAGGAGAACCCCAAACCCGUGCGCAACUACAGACACCAGGUGCAGGACACGCCAUCGCAUGGGGGCGGAGUUCCAGAUAGUGUAAAAGAGAGAGUAAAGGAGAGGGAACGCGAGAGGGAGCGUAGAGAACGCCGCGGCGAGGGACAUCGAGACCGAGAUAGAGGGUCCAACAGAGAUGGGCAUGCCGGUAGAGAUAGAGAUAGGUACGUAGAUGGGAGAAGUAGCCGGCGAUCGCAUAGCGCGUCGUCGUCGAGAGAUAGGGACAACAGUGGGAAUAAGGGAAGGAGUCGGGAUGAGGACGAAGACGACCGAGAUUCCCGGAGGAUUAGUCGAGGCAGUGGCCGAGAUAGCGACCGUGACCGAAGCACCAACAGGAGUACAGAUAGAGACAGAGAACGCGAGCGCGAGAGGGGAAGACACAGGAGCAGUGGCGGCUCUAGUCGCUCACACGACAGGGAGAGCGGCUGGUCAUCCUCGAAUCGGGACCGAAAUCGAUCGGAUAAGACUUUCACCGAUAUACAGACCCCAUCUCGAUCUGCGUGGGAUGAUGUUGAGGGUGCCACUCCCCGUGAUACGCCGAGAGGUGGACGCUUUACCCCUCGCGCCACACCCAGAGAUGGAAGUAACCCCACUCCCAGGCGAGACGAUGAGUAUUCGAAUUUACGAACGGGUAGCACGAGGAAUGGCGACAGUGUCAAUGCUACACCUAGACCAACACCGUCUUAUAAAUACAAUUAUUGGGCAGAGGAUAAGAAAAAUACGGGAGCUACCCCCAGGCUCUCCACAGGACGCUCGGACACAGAUAGUGUUCAAGGAGAGGAGGAUUCGACCUCAGCACCUGGAGUGGGCGGCGAAGUUUUCAAGACCGAAGUGGAGAAGCGCGCUUGGGAGGAAGAGCAAAGGCUGCUCGAUCGCAUGUGGUAUCAGAACGAUGAGGGUGCAGAUGUCAAUAAUGAUCCCUUCAAUAGCGCGGAGUUUCUAGCGCAAAAAGAAGCCGAAGUAAUUCAGCGGGCGAGUAAACGACAAACCAUCCAUCAGAAAAAACGAAAUGCCGACAACGACAGAUGGGAGACGAAUAGGUUGCUAACCAGUGGAGUUGUUUCUAAGGUACAAUACGAUGACGAUUUUGAUGACGAACUCGAAGUGCGGACGCAUCUUCUGGUGAAGAAUAUCCUACCUCCGUUCCUGGACGGACGUAUCACGUUCACCAAACAACCAGAACCUGUUAUGCCUGUCAAAGAUGCGACCAGCGACAUGGCUGUUGUGGCUAAAAAGGGCAGUCAGCUUGUACGAGAACGCCGUGAAAUGCGGGAGCGGCUGAAAGGACAGAAUAAAUAUUGGGAGUUGGAGGGUAGUAAGAUAGGUAAAGUAAUGGGUGUGAAAGAAACGGAAGAAGAGGAUCCAGGCAACAAGGAGGGCCAAGAGGAGAACUUCAAAGCGGAAAGCCAGUUCGCUGACCACAUGCAAACCAAGAAUGUGGCAGUGUCCCAUUUUGCCAUGUCGAAAACUGUCAAGCAGCAACGGCAGUUUCUGCCCAUCUACUCUGUGAGAGAACAGUUGUUGCAGAUUGUGAGAGACAAUCAGAUCGUGGUCAUCGUAGGAGAGACUGGAAGUGGAAAGACAACACAGCUUACACAGUAUCUGCACGAAGAAGGGUACGGCAAAUUCGGAAUGAUUGGCUGUACACAACCACGAAGAGUGGCGGCGAUGUCCGUGGCCAAACGAGUGAGUGAAGAAAUGGAGGGCAAUCUCGGCGAUACAGUCGGUUAUAGUAUCCGCUUCGAAGACUGCACGUCGAGGAAUACAGUAAUCAAGUACAUGACAGACGGAAUUCUGCUGCGUGAAAGCUUGAACGAAAGCGACCUGGAACAGUACAGUUGUAUUGUUAUGGACGAGGCCCACGAACGUUCGCUGAACACGGACGUGUUAUUCGGCAUCCUUAGAGGCGUCAUUGCUCGCCGCCGUGAUCUCAAGCUGAUUGUCACCUCCGCGACCAUGGACGCCGAUAAAUUUAGUAACUUCUUCGGAAACGUCCCGAUUUUCAAAAUUCCGGGACGAACCUUCCCCGUUGAUGUAAUGUACGCCAAGUCCACAACAGAAGAUUACGUGGACAUGGCAGUCAAGCAAGCUCUAACAAUACACUUACAAUUCCCUGUGGGAGAUAUUCUAAUAUUUAUGACCGGUCAAGAAGAUAUUGAGACCACCUGUGAAGUUCUCAAUGAGAGAUACGAGGGAGUGGCGGAUGAAGGAAUACCAGAAAUGUCUGUCUUGCCGAUUUAUUCGCAGUUGCCUUCCGACCUUCAGGCGAAAAUCUUUCAGAAGGCCGAGAACGACGCUCGCAAAAUUAUUGUAGCUACAAAUAUCGCAGAGACGUCGUUAACCGUCGAUGGUAUUCUUUACGUAAUCGAUUGCGGCUACUGCAAAUUAAAAAUAUAUAACUCGAAGAUAGGAAUGGAUGCCCUCUCGGUCUUUCCUGUCUCCCAGGCCAAUUCAAAUCAAAGAAGUGGGCGUGCCGGGCGAACCGGACCAGGCACAGCCUUCCGACUUUACACAGAACAUCAAUAUAAUACAGAGUUAUUAGCGAACACCGUGCCGGAAAUACAGCGUACGAAUCUGAGUAACGUUGUACUGUUGCUGAAAAGUUUAGGGGUCGACAACCUGCUUGAGUUCCACUUCAUGGAUCCUCCCCCUCAGGACAAUAUACUGAACUCCAUGUACCAGCUAUGGGUGCUGGGUGCGCUCGACAACACGGGUGGGCUGACCGGCUGCGGGCGGCGAAUGGUGGAGUUCCCUGUAGACCCUGCGCUGUCCAAGAUGCUGAUUGUGAGUGACGAGCUCGCAUGCACCACAGAGGUAUUGACCAUAGUGUCCAUGCUGAGUGUGCCAACGGUCUUCUAUAGGCCGAAGGGGCGAGAGGAGGAGAGCGAUGCUGCGAGAGAGAAGUUCUUUGUGCCCGAGAGUGACCAUCUAACCCUGUUGAAUGUGUACAACAUGUGGAAACAACAUGCGUACUCGGCCAAAUGGGCCGCUCAGCACUUUUUGCACGCCAAAGCUCUAAGGAAGGUCAGGGAGGUCCGUCAGCAAUUGGAAGAUAUUACAAAGUCUCUCAAAAUAGAGAUUGUAACCUGUGGCAGUAACUGGGAUGUGGUCCGCAAAUGCAUAGCCUCGGCUUACUUCCACCAAGCGUCGCGUAUCAAAGGUGUCGGGGAGUACGUGCACCUGCGCACCGGAAUGCCCUGUCAUCUUCAUCCAACAUCGGCGCUGUAUGGGAUGGGCUUCACACCUGAUUAUGUCGUUUACCACGAGCUGAUAAUGACAUCUAAAGAAUAUAUGCAGUGCGUGACCGCAGUGGAUGGCGAAUGGUUGGCGGAUCUGGGUCCCAUGUUCUACAGUGUUAAGAAGACCGGUAGGACCGCUCUGUCGCGGUAUAAAGAGGAACACGAGAGCCGAUCGACGAUGGAGAGCGAGAUGAAGGUUGCGGAAGUUGAGAUUGCGGAGAGACUCAGACUGAAAGAGAUUGCUCGCAAGAAGGCCAGCAAGACUGGGAAAAUGGCUACCAUUGGCAGCAGCACCCCUGCGUCGGCAAGGCGGAGUGGGGCUACUCCCCGCAGAACAUUCGGAGUAUAAAUCUAUAAAGAGUGGUACGUCAUAAGU